AUGACGGUAUUAGCACAAUCAGCCCUCUCGGGCCUGUUGAUACUGUCUAGCGCCUUCGGUGCCUCGGCAUUUCCGAUUCGAGAUGGCCCAUCUGUGUUCGCGCCAGAGGCCGUAGUCGCAUUGCAGAAGCGCGCCAUCAUGAAGGGUGACAACUACGUGCCUCUGGGCAGUACAACAGUGCCGCUCUCUCCGCUGCUGCUCGUCUUUGCAGGGCUGGCUGCAGCAUUUGUCGGACUUGCCAUUGCAUUGCUGCGCAUCUUUGUUCCGUCUUGCAUGUCGAGAUCGUCGCGCAUCGUGCUCGAAGAGCGGGAAAGGGCGCGGCAGGAUCUGCGGGUACGCGGCGCCGUCAGCCCACGAGACAGUCCAGGCGGAAGCCCGACUCCGGGAGGUAGCACACCCACAACCGCUCAAGCACGACGCUUCCCGCCCAACAAACCAACACGUCCGCUAGGGCACAACUCACGCGGGAGCUUUACACCGGGCCAGUCAUCCACAUCGACGCUGACCAACAAGCGCGCAUCGCAUGGAUACCGAGGCACAUCUUUCUCGCUCAAGGAUGCGCGUAUGAACACGGAAAAGUCGUAUCGAUCGAGCUUGAGCGGCUUGCAAUUGCCACUGCUCAAUUCGAGCGAAAGUAGCAGCGGCUCGUCGACGCUGCACGUCAACCAACGAGACUCGACCAUGUCGGAGCGUGCGAAGUAUCCCAUCAUGGCCACCAACGAUUCCAACACACCUGGCAAGGUAGAAAGACCCCGACUCGGGUUCGGCACUCGACACCUGCAGCGCACCAGCUCAACGGGCAAGGGAGCCGACCUGCAACGCACCCGCAGCGGGCGACAGCGAGCAGAGAUUGCAGUGCAGCCUCGAGCAGUGGCCCCUGCCUAUGCGCAACAAUGGCGACGGGGGGAUUCCAAUUCACACCAGCAUCCGUUGCAAACAGCAUCAAACCGACGUGACUCGGUUCUGUCGAUGGGCGAAAUGAGCAGUAGCGCUGGGCACAGUUACAUGGAAAGCAAUGCCACCAGCCGCAUUGGCUCGUUCAGCAACAUGUCGGGCAACCCGCUCCAACCGCUCAGCAUGCCAGGGUUCGGUGCGGGCGCGCAUGCCAACCCAGCGUGGGCGAGUCCACGCUCAACAAGCAGGUCGCCUUCGCUCGAGUAUGGCUCACCGGAUCCAUCGCGUCUUGGAGCCGUUCACAACGCUGUCGGCAACAGCCGAAACUCUUCGGUCAGUGGCUUGUUCGAUUCUGACGGCAGCGAUCACUCGGCACCGCACACGGCCGUCUUGAUUCCUUCGCGCGCCACUUCCAACAGGAGAUGA